CAAAUUGAAGACAAACACCGUACUACUGUUGUAGACUUUAGUCUUUGGUCUCUCUCUCUAUCUCUGUUGCCAGCUUUGGAGCACCACUAUAUAAGGAUCGCCAAAACGACGACGACCAGCGUCUCAAUCAUUUCAUUCACUCCUUCAUUUCUUUUAAACACUUCCCAAAUUCCAAAUCUUCCAUCACCAUUUCCGUACCAAAAAUUUUCACACAAAUUUCCAAGAUUCAACAUACACCUUUUUAUUUUCUAUUAUUUUUUUAGUAUUCAAAAUUCUUAAAUACACACAGACCAAAAAACCUCUUUUUUUCCAAUUUUGUUACGAAGAUUUUUCAUCGAUCGGAGCUCAAAUUUGUACGGACGUCCAUGGCGCUCUCAGCUUCAGACCUACCGGCGAUGUACUCGUUGCUCGCGAAUUCAAUGAGCGGCGACGAGAGCGUUCGCAAGCCGGCCGAGUCGGCGCUCUCUGAGUCCGAAAGCAGACCUGGCUUUUGCUCUUGCCUCAUGGAAGUGAUUACUGCGAAGGAUUUAGCUUCUCAGGUUGAUAUUCGUUUGCUGGCUUCGGUUUACUUCAAGAACAGUAUCAAUCGGUACUGGAGGAAUCGGCGUGAUUCUUCUGGAAUUAGCAACGAGGAGAAAAUACACCUGAGGCAAAAACUGUUGUCGCACUUGAGAGAAGAGAAUUAUCAGAUAGCUCUAAUGUUGGCUGUGCUUAUAUCCAAAAUUGCUCGAAUUGAUUACCCCAAAGAAUGGCCAGAGCUCUUUUCAGUUUUAGCACAACAGCUUCAAUCGGCAGAUGUUCUUACUUCCCACCGGAUUUUUAUGAUUAUUUUUCGGUCCUUAAAGGAAUUGUCCACUAAACGUCUUAUUUCGGACCAAAGGAACUUUGCAGAGAUUUCAUCCCAUUUCUUUGAUUAUAGCUGGCACAUUUGGCAGAGAGAUGUGCAGGCCAUAUUGCAUGGUUUCUCUACUCUCUCUCAAAGCUAUAAUUCAAAUGAUCCAAAUCAGCACCAUGAUGAACUUUAUUUACAGUGUGAGAGAUGGUUAUUAUGUUUAAAGAUAAUACGCCAGCUUAUAAUUUCUGGGUUUCCAAGUGAUGCAAAACAAGUACAGGAGGUCCGGCCAGUCAAGGAGGUUUCUCCUGUCCUCUUGAAUGCCAUUCAGUCAUUUCUUCCAUACUACUCAUCUUUUCAGAAGGUACAUCCUAAAUUUUGGGACUUCACAAAGAGGGCAUGUACUAAAUUGAUGAAGGUCUUAGUAGCAAUUCAAGGCAGACAUCCUUAUUCAUUUGGGGAUAAAUGUGUGCUUCUUCCUGUUCUGGAUUUCUGCUUAAAUAAAAUAACAGAUCCUGGGACAGAUUUGUUAUCGUUUGAGCAAUUCUUGAUUCAAUGUAUGGUAAUGGUGAAGUGCAUAUUGGAAUGUAAAGAAUACAAGCCUAGUCUCAGUGGUCGGGUGAUGGAUGAAAAUCAGAUUACACAAGAGCAGAUAAAGAAAAACAUUUCAAAUGCUGUUGGUGGUGUAUUGACUUCGCUUCUGCCCAAUGAACGGAUAGUACUCUUAUGUAAUGUAUUGAUAAGAAGGUAUUUUGUUUUAACAGCGAGUGAUUUGGAGGAGUUGUACCAGAACCCAGAAUCUUUUCAUCAUGAGCAGGACAUGGUUCAGUGGACAGAAAAAUUGAGGCCAUGUGCCGAAGCUUUGUAUAUUGUACUGUUUGAAAACCAUAGCCAACUGCUCGGUCCUGUUGUUGUUUCCCUUCUUCAAGAGGCUAUGAAAGGUUGCCCGACUUCAGUGACUGAAAUUACUCCAGGGUUGCUUCUGAAGGAUGCUGCUUAUGGUGCUGCUGCUUAUGUUUAUUAUGAACUCUCAAACUACCUGAGCUUCAAAGAUUGGUAUAAUGGUGCACUAUCCCCAGAACUCUCAAAUGAUCAUCCAAAUAUGCAUAUCAUCCAUCGUAAAGUUGCACUGAUAUUGGGACAGUGGGUUUCUGAGGUUAAAGAUGACACCAAAAGACAAGUAUACUGUGCUUUAAUCAAAUUGUUACAAGAAAAAAACCUUUCUAUCAGGCUGGCAGCCUGUCGGUCUUUGUGCUUACAUGUUGAAGAUGCGAACUUUUCAGAACAAGAAUUUGUUGAUCUCCUACCAAUAUGUUGGGCUUCGUGCUUUAAGUUGGUUGAAGAUGUUCAGGAGUUUGACUCCAAGGUUCAGGUUUUGAAUUCGGUCUCUGUUCUUAUUGCACAUGUUAGUGAAGUCAUUCCAUUUGCAGAAAACUUGGUGCAAUUUUUUCACAAGGUUUGGGAGGAGUCUUCUGGUGAAAGCCUGCUGCAGAUUCAGCUUCUUAUUGCUUUGCGGAACUUUGUGGUUGCACUUGGUGGUCAAUCACCCAUUUGCUACAACAUGCUACUGCCCAUUCUGCAGAAGGGAAUUGAGAUAAAUAGCCCAGAUGAACUUAUAGAGGAUAGCAUGCUGUUAUGGGAAGCCACACUUUCUCAUGCCCCAUCGUUGGUGCCUCAACUAUUAGCAUGCUUCCCAUGUCUCGUGGAAAUUAUGGAAAGAAGUUAUGAACACUUGCAGGUUGCUGUCAGCAUAAUUGAGGAUUACAUUAUUUUGGGCGGAACUGAGUUUCUAAGCAUGCAUGCUUCCAGUGUGGCUAGAAUUCUUGAUCUUGUUGUCGGAAAUGUCACGGACAAAGGAAUUCUGUCAAUUCUUCCAGUCAUUGAUAUUCUAAUACAGUGUUUCCCUGCUGAAGUGCCUCCAUUGAUCAGCAAUGUUUUACAAAAAUUGAUUGUUAUGUGUUUGAGUGGAGGAGAUGACUAUGAUCCUUCUAAGACUGCCGUUAAAGCAUCUUCUGCUGCCAUCCUGGCAAGAAUUUUAGUGAUGAAUACCAAUUACCUCGCUCAAUUAAUGUCAGAACCAUCACUUUUGUUACUGCUUCAGAAGGCGAGUGUUCCGAUUAAAGACAAUAUACUUCUUUGUCUGGUUGACAUUUGGCUUGACAAGGUAGACAAUGCAUCUUCCACCCAAAGGAAGACAUUUGGCUUAGCCCUUUCAAUCAUUCUCACAUUGAGACUGCCUCAAGUCCUCGAUAAACUUGAUCAGAUUUUGAGUGUAUGCACAACUGUAAUAUUGAGCGAAAACAAUGACUUAUCUGAGGAAGAGUCCAGUGGUGAAAAUAUGAGCUCCAGCAGGUGCCAUGGGGAGGGCACCAUUCCGAGUAAAGAGUUAAGAAAAAGACAGAUCAAGUAUUCCGACCCAAUCAACCAGUUGUCACUAGAGACCUCAGUCAGAGAGAACCUUCAAACAUGUGCUGCCCUUCAUGGAGAAUCUUUUAAUUCUGCCAUUGGUAACAUGCAUCCAGCAGCAUUAGAACAAUUGAAGAAGGCAUUGAAGAUGCCGUAGCUGCUGCAACACUUGGUAUGAUCUCUUAUCAGUUGGUGCUCGUGUCCUGCACCCUUCAAAUUUUCCACUGUUCCAUAGAUUGAGAAGAUAUGGGGUUAUAUGGAAGCUACUGUGCUUGGAUUUGCGAGGUCUACAUUCUUUCUUUUCCUUUAUAAUUGCUUGGGCUGGGUUUUAAUCUCAAUUAUAGUUUCAAAUUCAUUUGUAUGUGCAAAUUUGAUAGCACAAAACUUUGUAAAUAGCUAGCGGAUCUGCACUUGUCAUUAUAUACCGGGUGUAGAGGGUGGUGGCAUUGAGUUCAGAGAAAUGCAAAUGAAAUGAAAUUUUUUCAGAGAGGAAAAAAAAAAAGAAAAGAAAAGAAAAGAAAAGGAAAUUUGUGCUGUUCUUAUGCUUAUUGACCCCUA